AUGGGGACCGAUAAAGAUGAUUUGAUCUUGCUUGAACAAAAUUAUCAACAACGAUCAUUUCUACACAAAAAAAUUAGUUUAACAAUACCUGUAUGUGCUUUAUUGUUUGUGGUUUUUGUUUUAUCGGCAUUCAUUGUUUCAACAAUUUCAUUGUAUUGGGCUGAAGAUACUAUAUGUUAUAGAAGCAAUAAUGAACUAAUCGAACCAGACCAACCUAAACCAAGACCAGUCUAUUACUCUCGACCAAAACGUAGUUUAACGUUAAGAAAAGCCAAUCUUCCAUGUAUGAGUUUUGAUUGUUGUACUACGGCUCUUGAUCCUAAUGCUCCAUGGAAUCAAAGUCGAUUACCAACAAAUGUUUAUCCUGUUGAUUAUCAAUUGAUAUUAGAAUUAUCUGAAUUAAAUGAAGGACGUGAUGAAUACAGUGGUACAGUUGAUAUUGUUCUUGAAGUUCGGUCGCGAACAAAUGAUAUAAUUCUUCACGGUGACAUACUCCUUUCAGAUAUUACUGUAUCUCAACGUUCAAGUCCGAGCAGUAUUCCAUUGACUAUUGAUUGUGUUAUAGUAUUUCCUGAUACUCAAACAAUUAUUAUACAUUUGGUGGAACAAUUAGAAAUCGGUUCUACGUAUGAUGUUCGUAUUUCAUUCUUUCGAGCAUUAAGUGUUCAUGGAACUGGUAUAUUUGAAAAUCAAUUUAAUAAAGAUCCAUAUGGCGUACAAACAUCUCGAAUAAUAUUAACACAUUUUAAGCCAGUACAUGCUCGAGAAGCCUUUCCAUGUUUUGAUGAACCAGAUUUCAAAGCCAAAUUUCAAUUAACAGUAUCACAUGAGAAUAAUACUAAAAUUUUGAGUAAUUGGGAUGAAGCAGAAAGUUUUGUGACCGAGAAUUCGACUAAUACUGAAUUUCAAACAGUACCACCAAUACCAACUGCAUUAAUGGCUUUUGCAAUAUUUUAUAUCGAUGAUUUUGAUAAGAAAACAGCAGUAGCAACACAUCCAAUAACUAAUCAAAGUAUUGAGAUUAAUUUAUGGGCACGAAAACCAUUUUUUACGAAUGAUAACGGAAUCUAUAUUACUGCUCCGCUCGAUAUGAUUCAACGAGUUCUUACUGCUCUUUUGAAUAUUUUUAAAGAAGUUGAAACUCAUAUUGUACCAAAGAAAAUAGAUAUUCUUGCCGUACCUGAAUACCCAUCUGAUGCAGUAUCACAUUGGGGUUUCAUUAUAUUUCUUGAACGUGCUCUUCUUCAUAAUUCACAAACAACAUCGGAAAUUGAACAUCAAAAAAUUGUUUUAUUAAUUGCUAAACAAUUAGCUGAACAGUGGUAUGGAAAUUUCAUUUCAUUUCGAUGGUGGACAGAUUUAUGGCUACAAGAAGCAAUUUCUAAUUAUUUGAAAUAUCAUGCAGUUAAUAUUGCUUAUCCACAAUGGAAUAUACAUGAUCAAUUUUCUACUGGAGAACUUUUACCAACUAUGUUUGAUGAUUCUUUGAGUACAUCACAUCCAAUACUAAAACCAGUUAAUAGUCCAGCGCAAAUCAAUGAAUUAUUUGAUAGUAUUGAAACAACAAAAGCAACAGCUAUUUUAAGAAUGGCUGAUCAUUAUAUGGAUGAAACUAUGGGUCCUAAGAAUAACACGUUACUUACUAUUGUGUCUUUUCUUAAAAAUAAUGAAUUUGGAUACCUUAUACCAGAUGACAUUCUUAGUACAUAUCAUAUUGGUCCAUGGAACGGUCUAAAUUUUUUCGAUCGUUGGUUAUUACAAUCAAAUUUUCCAAAAGUAUUCGCUCAAUUUAUUCAAAAUACUACUAAUCAAAGAUAUACUUUUCAACUUGUACAAAGUCGACAUUUAAGUGCACAUUUAUAUGAAUAUGAUCUUUAUCCACCUGAAACAAAUCCAUUUGGUUAUAUUUGGUAUAUUCCAAUAACAUGUCGAUUUAGUAAUGAUUCAACAAGAUUUCAAUCAACUCGAACAUUUCUACUUGAAAGUGAAAGAAUGAAUAUAGACUUUGGUUUUGAUUAUUUUACAUAUUUUUAUUGUAAUGCUGAUUUUGCUGGAUACUAUAUUAUGGAUUAUACACUUGAAAAUUCAGCAGAAUUAGGUCAAGCUUUAGAUAACAACAAUGCUGAAUUAACUGAUCUUGAUCGAGCUAAUUUAUUAAAUAAUGCAUUUUUAAAUGCGCAAACAAGUGAAGCAAGUUAUUUGGCUGUUAGAUCACUUACACAAUUUUUAUAUCGUCCUGUCGCCUAUACAGGUUUACUUUCAUGGCAAACAUUAUCAUUUCAUGUAAAUCGUAUGUUAGAUGUACUUGAAUAUGAAUCAUUAUUUCUUGUAGUUCAAAAAUAUUUUCAAGUUGUUGUUCGAAAUUAUUAUACAACAUAUGAAGCAAAUUUAUGGAAUGUUAAUGGAACAUUUUCUGACCAAAUUCUCAAAAAUACAAUUAUUCAACUUGCAUGUCGACUACGUUUAAAUGAAUGUAUUGAUAAAGUAACUUUAUUAUGGGAAGAAGCAUUUCCGGCUUUAGUAAAUCAAGAAGCUAAUCAUUCAGUUGCUGCUCAUGCUCGAGACGUAGUCUAUCAAACUCAUUUUCAACAUACAUAUAAUGAUACUGAAUGGACAGUAGUUGCAAGCGAUUUUCAUUAUUUUACUGAUACUCAAGAACGUUAUCGUUUACUCAAAGCGUUAACACAAUCACGUCAACCAUGGCAUUUAUAUCAAUUUUUAUAUCGAGAUGCAGAAAUAAAUCAAGAUCGUGAUGUUGAUUUAUUAUCAGUAUUAACAUUACUAGCAAAAAAUUCUAUAGGUCGUGAAUUAGUCUGGUAUUAUUAUCGAGAAAAUUGGUCUAAACUUCAAUCUGAUUAUGGACGAUCAAAUCAGCGAUUAGGACAAUUACUGAUUGAUAUAACAGCAACAUUUGAAGAUAAAUUUCAUGAGAUUGAAUUAACUGAAUUUCUUGCAUCGACACCAGGUGUUGAUUCAAAUGUUGACGCACGUUUUUGGGCACUUGAACGUGCAAAUAUGAAUUAUUGGUGGAUAUUUGAUAAUUCAAAGGACAUGGCUGAGUCAUUCAAUUUUGAUUUGAAGCAUAUUUGA